AUGAUGAAAUGCCGGAAGAGGGCACUGUUGUCACUUGUUUUUGCCGUAAUAUUCGUUGUCUUCAGAUUGUUACUAUGGCUGUCACGAAGUAGCGAUCCUAUUCAACAAGACGUUUAUGACCAGUUUGUUUUACCCAUCACAGGUUUACCUGUCAAAGUGACGGAGAAUAAAAACACGAAGACGCGCCCGAGAGUACGCGUUAGUAAGGAUAUAUUGGAUGAUGUAAAUGAGGACGAAUCCUCUUUUCCUGUUCCAAGGGAGGGACGAAUACUUACCAUCAUUGUACCCCACUCACACACUGACCCAGGAAGGCUUUACACGGUCCAGGAUUAUUACGAAAAAAGGGUUCGAAGGAUCCUUAACUUAGCGGUCAGUAAACUGACCACCAGGUCAGAUAUGACCUUUAUCUGGUCAGAGACAGUUUUCUUGUAUAUGUGGUGGAAGGAUGCAGACUCUGUUAAGAGAUCCAUGCUGAAAACAUUGGUGCAUGACGGGAGAUUUGAGAUAGUUGCUGGUGGUUGGGUUAUGGCCGAUGCAGCCGUGACUCACUAUUCAGCACUGCUCGUCCAGAUUCAAGUAGCACACGAAUGGUUAUCCACAGAAUUCCAAGUGUCGCCGAAAGCAGCUUGGGCGAUUGAUUCCUUCGGUCAUUCUCCAACACUUCCAUAUCUCUGGUCCCAAACUGGUUACACUUUCGCUGUAGCUCAGAGAGUAAGCCAGAAGUACAAGCAUGCCAUGGGGUCCAGACGACAGCUUGAGUUCACAUGGCGGCAGCAGUGGGACAAGACUGGAAAUACAGAUUUCUUCUGUCACGUACCUCCAUAUAAACUUUAUAAUAUCGCUGACGCGUGCGGUCCUGAUCCUUCUGUUUGUAUGCUACUCGACUUCAAGACAACCCCGGUUGACUUUACACAUGUCAGGCGGAGAGAGGGGACAGACUCCACCUUAGACCGCCUCAUCAGUUCGAUCGUACACCAACUGCGGCAGAAGGCGGCCAACUUCAAUCACAACGUAGUUCUUUUACCUCUUGGGGACGAUUUCCGUUACGACACAGAGUUGGAGUGGGACACGGUGUAUGCUAAUCUCGAUAUUCUCACCACUUACAUCAACAAUAAUCCUAAAUUUAACAUGAUGAUAAAAUACGGUACGCUGAAGGAUUACCUGACGGAGGUCCGGAAGCAGUACAAUACGUCCAGAUCGCCUCUCUAUAGCGGGGAUUUCCUGCCCUACACCGACAACUCCAAUGACUACUGGACCGGGUUUUACAGUAGUCGCCCUGAACAGAAAAGAGCCAUUCGGGAACUUCAAGAAACGUAUCAUGUAGCAAGUGUUUGGUAUAGUCUUUUACUUAUAGCGGAUUCUCAUAAGUCACGUGAUGAUUUGGAGCACGUGGCGCGGACGCUGAGUCUGCUGCAGCAUCAUGACGCCAUAACAGGGACCUCUAAGUCAACUGUAGUGGGGGACUAUAGGAGCCGCGCGCGCGAGCACCGUGAUAUGGCUAGAGAGGUCAUCUGUUACAGUGUUCAGAGAAUCAUCGGAUCCAAAUCGGAUCAGAAAUCCUCAGAAAAUGGCGAAAGUAUCUGGAAAUUUUAUGGGUUGUCCUGGGAUAGGCCACAGCUAUUGACGUUUAGCGCUAGAAAGGUUUGGCACCUUGUAGCUGUGAACUCUUUGCCUCAGACAAGAAAUGAUAUCAUUUCGCUUGUUCUAGAUAUCAAUAAUGUCAUAGUAACAAACAACUAUGGAACCCGUGUCUCUGUGCAGGUAAACCCCUUCAGGGAGAGCCAUCAGAGGCUGUCCCGCCUUCUUUACGUCAUACAGUUUCCUAUAUUCAUUGAAUCAAUGUCAUUUGCUGUUUAUACCAUUUCCCGGGCUCCGACCGAUUCGUCACCAUCCCCAAACACGAACAUUGCUAUUUACAAUAAUCACCUCAAAGUCAUGCCUUCAAAUGUCUUCAAUCUGACGGAUGGUAAACAAGACCCACGCCUGUCGAAUAGUUAUAUCACUGCCGUAUUCUCGCCUCUCAAUGGCAGUCUGAUUUACGUAUAUUUAAAAGAAUCGGACACAAAGAUUGCCGUCAGCUCUGAGUUGUUAGUAUACAAUUCAUCGACAAAAAGUGGAGCUUACAUUUUUGCACCAUUAGGGGACGCCCAUAGUAUCUUUUCAUCAUCUCCUAGUAUCUUCACUACAUCUGGCGAAAUCUCCCAACAGAUAGAAAUUACAUACACGGGAGUGACAUUGACCUACACUCUGUACAACACAGAUGGAGUCAAUGCCAAGGUCAUACAUGUCACUUGUCACGUGAACGUCAACAUGACCGAGAUGAGGGAUCUAGAGUUGAUAGUAAGGUUUGUCACAAACAUAAAUAGUAGUGGUAUCCUGUAUACAGACAACAAUGGUUUCCAACACUCGAGAAGAACGUAUCGUAAAGACACGCCUAUCGCCGGUAACUAUUACCCAAUCACAACAAAUGCAGUAAUUCAGGAUAACAGCGCGCGCUUCACCGUACACGCAACGCACGCGCAUGGCGUAGCGAGUCUUCGUGAUGGGGAACUAGAAAUCAUGCUUGAUAGACAUCCAAUGAGUGAUGACGGUAAGGGUUUAGGCCAGGGUAUGAAGUACAGUAAUUCUCAUGUCGAUACGUUCUCCUUACAGUUUGAAAAGUGUGACAACAACAUGUGCCAACCAAACGAAAUGUUUCUCCCGACGUUAAACAGCAUAGUGGCCAACGAUUAUUUACAAUGUCCGAUGAUCACCAUAUUGUCGAAUAGCCAAUACGAGCUGAAAACAGUAAGGUUAUUGUCAGAAAAACUGCCCAUCGACACAACAAUUGUAACUAUGAGAAAGAAAAUGAUUUCAAGUAACCAGUUUACUUUACAGAUGGUUCUGCACAGACGGGGUUCAGUUGAAUCGCGAAAUACACGAGCGCAACCCAUUAACUUGUGGUCCCUGGUUAGGGAAAUGUACGCCGUGAACGUGAAGGAGAUGUCCUUGACCUUUACUCACACGAAGCGCGCUCUGUCAUCAGGUGAUCAAGUUACUCUUGAACCUAUGACGAUGGCGGCGUUUGAGAUCGGUCUCUUGACUGUAUGACACGAUGGUGAAUUGCUUUACACUUAGACUGACGUCCACCGGUAGAAUUUCUCUUAUUCUUUUUUCGCGUCUUCGUUGCCCCGUUUUCAACUUAAGAUAAGCUGAUGUCACCAUAGCCUAUAUUUGUACAGAUGCUAAGGAAGAAUAUAAUAAAAACUUGUUCCAAACUAUA